GUUUGUGCGUCCGACCGGACUGUUAUUUGAGACGGACCAAAACAGUUUCCUGACAGUUGACGUGGAGCAGGUUGUGAAUAAUGGCUAGUACUCGAGCAGAAAAUUCAAACGACAGCCCCGCUGCUGUCCAAAAUGCAACUGUGCCUUCUCAAGCCAAUAACCCGUUGUCAAGGAAGCUUAAUAAAAUCUUAGAAACGAGGCUUGACAACGAUAAGGAGAUGCUGGAGGCUCUGAAGGCACUGUCUGUGUUUUUUACUGAGAACAGUCUCCGGACCAGGAGGAAUCUUCGUGGUGACAUUGAGAGACGAAGCCUAGUGAUCAAUGAGGAGUUUGCAUGCAUUUUCAAAGAUGUAAUAGAGGAACUUGAAAGUGUUCACGAGGAUGUUCAGGCAAUGAGUAUGUGCUGUGAAGAAAUGACGAGUAGAUUAAAGGCUGCCAAGGAACAAACUCAAGAUUUGAUUGUAAAAACCAACAAGCUGCAAGGAGAAAACCACCGCCUGGAGGUGAGAGCACAAGUGGCUCAGGCUUUCCUCAACAAAUUCCAGCUGUCUAAUGAGGAGAUGACCACUCUGCGAGGGACCCGGGAUGCCCCCAUUACUGAGGAUUUCUUCAAAGCUCUCAGUCGGGUGAAACAAAUCCAUGAGGAUGUGAAGAUCCUUUUACGAACCAACCAGCAGACUGCAGGGCUAGAGAUCAUGGAGCAGAUGGCUGUGUUACAGGAGACAUCGUAUGAGCAGCUGUACCGCUGGGCUCAGAAUGAAUGCAGAGGACUCACCCAAGAGACGUGUGACAUCAGCCCGGUGUUGACUCAAGCCAUGGAGGCCUUACAGGGCCGACCUGUCCUUUACAAGUACACUCUGGAUGAGUUUGGUACCGCACGCAGGUGUGCUGUGGUACGAGGCUUUAUUGACGCUCUCACACGAGGUGGGCCAGGAGGGACUCCCCGCCCCAUAGAGAUGCAUUCCCACGAUCCCCUAAGGUAUGUUGGGGACAUGCUGGCCUGGCUGCACCAAUCCACUGCUUCUGAGAAAGAGCAUCUGGAGUCUUUGUUGAAACAGGUCAUUCUGCAAGGUGUGGAAGAGAACAUGCAGGAGGUGGUUGGACACAUCACUGAGGGAGUGUGCAGACCACUAAAAGUUCGGAUAGAACAGGUCAUUGUAGCCGAGCCAGGAGCUGUCCUGCUUUAUAAGCUGUCCAACCUGCUUAAAUUCUAUCAGCUCACCAUCAGCUCUAUCAUCGGGACCAGUGUGACAUCUUUGCUCAUUACAAUUGAAGAAAUGCAUGUUCUGAGCAAAAAGAUGUUCUUCAACAGUCUGAGCCUUCAUGCAAGCAAACUCAUGGACAAGGUGGAGCUGCCACCUGCAGACCUGGGCCCUACAGCUUCUCUCACACAGACCCUGUCACUCCUCAGGGAGGUGCUGGCCUCUCACGACUCCUCAGUAGUUCCUCUGGAUGCCCGGCAAGCUGACUUUGCUCAGGUGCUGUCUUGCAUCUUGGAUCCUCUCCUUCAGUUGUGCACUGUAUCUGCCAGCAACCUCGGCACAGCUGACAUGGCUACUUACAUGGUUAACUCACUCUAUGUCAUGAAAACGACGCUCGCUCUCUUUGAGUUCACGGACAAGAGGCUUGAGAUGCUUGAGUUCCAGAUCGAGGCUCAUCUUGACACUCUAAUCAACGAGCAGGCGUCUUACGUGCUGACCAGAACCGGACUGAGUUAUAUCUACAGCUGUGUCCAGCAGCACAGCGCCGAGCAGGGUCCUCUGUCUCUCCUGCCAAGCAUGGAUAGCUCCUCUGUCAAAAUAGCGAUGGUCCAGUUUGACAGAUAUCUGUCCUCACCUGACACUCUAGUGAUGCCACAGCUCAACUUCCUGCUCAGCGCAGCCAUUAGGGAGCAGAUUUUCAGACAGUCGACAGAGCUAGUGUGCAGAGCGUAUGGAGAGGUUUACGCAGCACUAAUCAGUCCAGCCAACACGUACAAGGACGCAGAUACCCUGGUACCCAGAUCCCCUCAGCAGGUUCAGACCUUAUUGUCCUGAGACACCUGCUACACAUAAAAAAAAAUUAAUAAA